AUGGGCACCCAGUUAGAGAAGAACUCGAAGUCGGUUCUCAAACGCAUCGAGGCUCAUACGUUUGAGGACGAAGAGGGGGAAGAAUACGAGGGCUCAAAAUUUGGAGGCUUCUCUGAUUACUUUCGUCGAAAGAAGCUGAAACUACAGAAUCUUGACGCGGACGUACGCUCCUCUUCUAUUGCAUCGGGCAAGCCUCAAAUUUUCAAAGGUGUCUGUUGCCAUGUAAAUGGCUAUACUCAGCCGUCCUUGAAUGAUCUUCAUCACAUGAUUGUAAGCCAUGGAGGUGCUUUUAUGCAAUACCUGGAUGGUAAGACGACAGUCACGCAUAUCAUCGCGUCAAACCUGACACCGAAAAAGGCUGUUGAGUUUAGGAAGUACCGUAUUGUGAAGCCUGCUUGGAUCGUCGAUAGCAUAGCAGCUGGGAAGUUACUUGCUUGGAAUUCAUUCCGUGUACUUGACGAAGGGGUGGGGCAACGGGUUUUGGGGUUCAAUGGUGGCAAAGUUAUUAGCCACGCUGGAACUCAGUCACGGAGUUAUCGUGAUCAGACGAAUACCAGUUGGUACACUAGCCAAGUCAAGAAUGUUGCAGAGGAUAUUGACGACAAUGAGCAAUUUCCGAGCACGCAGCCUGCCUUGCCUGGUGGGAAUCUCUCCUACAGCCGCUUUCAAGACGAGACGAGACAGAGUAUUGAGGAGACAAGUGGCAACCAACACAAGAAUCAAAAAGCAACUCAAAGCUCCUCAACCAGCUUUGAGCUAUCAUCUUCACUAGAGGAUGCCCUGAAAAAUGCUGUAUCCACCGAAAAUCUUUCCAAGGAGAAGUGGAAUGCGCCAGGCUUUGAUUGCUUGAACGCUGAAGAGCCUGUGACAGAUUAUCCGGACACUCUUGGACUUCUCCAUGCAAGAGAUAGAAACUUAGACGACCAGCCAGACAAUAUAAUUCGGAAGCGCUCACUUGACGUCGAGCCCCAUUCUCCUUCCAAAAAAGCUAAGGUGAUGACAGCCGAGGAGCAUAAUGCCAUAUUGCUGGAGAAUCCACACGUCCGAAAAUCAACCACUGCCAACCCUGAAUUCAUUAAGCAAUACUAUUCAGAAUCUCGUCUUCAUCACUUAUCGACUUGGAAAGCAGACCUCAAAUCACGAUUUCAGCAAAUGGCGAGCGAAAGAUCAGCGUCUCAAAAAAGGAUUCUCAAAAGAAAGCCAGGGGCCAGGCGAUAUAUCCUGCAUGUUGAUUUUGAUAGCUUCUUCUGUGCUGUUUCACUGAAAAAUGCGCCAGAAUACGUGGGCAAACCGGCAGUUGUCGCCCAUGGAAAUGGAACUGGAUCAGAAAUUGCGAGUUGUAAUUAUCCGGCUCGGGCAUUCGGAGUCAAAAAUGGCAUGUGGAUGAAGAAUGCCUUGACUCUUUGUCCGGAUAUUAAAGUUCUUCCGUACGACUUUCCGGCAUAUGAAGAAGCAAGUCAAGGGUUCUACGAGGCUGUUUUAAAUGUUGGGGGGGUGGUACAGAGCGUGAGUGUGGAUGAAGCGUUGAUAGACGCGACGAAUUUGUGUCUUCCCUCUGGUGGUACUGAGGGUCUUGGUGCCCAUCAAGGCAGCAUGUGGGCAGAGCAGGAGAGAGCCGAUGAGAUAGCCAAAGAUCUUCGCGACAAGAUCAAGCAGAAAACCGGAUGUGCUGUAUCUGUUGGAAUAGGUGGGAACAUACUACUGGCCAAAGUCGCUUUGCGAAAAGCCAAGCCAGCUGGGCAGCAUCACAUCAAGCCAGAAGAAAUCCUCAACUUUAUGGGUGAACUCAGUGUGAGAGAUUUGCCUGGGGUUGCUCAUAGCGUUGGAGGAAAACUUGAGGAAAUUGGCGUCAAGCUUGUAAAGGAAGCCCGACAACUGACGAAAGAGCGUUUAGUCACUACUCUCGGUCCAAAGACCGGUGAGAAGAUUUACGAGUACUCGCGAGGAAUUGAUAGGACGGAGGUGGGCGAACAAGUUGUUCGAAAAUCCGUCUCUGCCGAGGUUAACUGGGGCAUUCGAUUCAUAUCUCAAGCAGAAGCGGAAGAAUUUGUGCAGAAUCUUUGUGUCGAACUCCAAAGAAGACUCGUUGAUCAACAGGUCAAAGGAAGACAACUGACUGUGAAGAUUAUGAAGAAAGCUGCAGAUGCACCCCUUGAUCCACCAAAACAUUUGGGUCACGGAAAAUGCGAUACAUAUAACAAGAGCGUGGUACUUGGGGUUGCAACUAUCAAAGCUGAGGUCAUCGGACGAGAAGCGAUAUCUAUUCUUCGAAGUUAUGGCUUUUCUCCUGGUGAGCUUAGAGGCCUUGGCGUCCAGAUGACUAAACUUGAUCGCGUCAAAGUUACCAACGAUGCUCUUCCAGAUGGAAGUCAGAGAAGAAUUAAUUUUGGGUUACCUGCCCCUCGCAAGCAGGAUCCUAUCAAUGAUCCUGUAACGCCAAAAAAGCCAAAACCUGGACCAUUACUAAGUAGCUCAAGGAGUGGAUCAUAUGAUUCCAUUGAUUCUCCAACUCCACAGAAGCCCACAGCAGCCAUCAACCGCUCUUCAAGAAGAGAUGAUCUAAUCUACAGCAGCCCACUCAAAGCAAGAGCGACUCCCAUACAUCCUGCUGCUGCAAUUGCAAGAGCCAAUGCCGCAGACGAGAGUGCUAAAAAGGUCCUCAACAUCACUGGAACUCAAUUUAUCAUUCCUUCCCAAAUAGACCCAGAAGUUCUAGCUGAACUUCCACAAGACAUCAGGUCCAAGCUUUUGGCCCAGCAUCAGAAGAAACGGUCGUCAGAUAGCCCGACGCCAGCUCCAGGAUCUCGCUCACAUACUCCAACUCGGGAAGCCUCGAAUCCACCUUUACCCUCACAGUUCGACCCCGAGGUAUUUGAGUCCCUGCCAGAAGAUCUAAAAGCAGAAGUUUUGGCAUCCUACUCCCUCAACCUUCCCCCAAAGGAAGCAGCAGCACAAACCCUCCUCCCUCAAUCCCCCAGAAAAAUACGCACCCUCCCCCCUAACACCAAGAAAACCACACCCACGAAAAAGAAAGGCCUCUUAUUCCGUGGUCGAAAAUCUAAACAAGAGUAUUCCAAUUCCACCCUGACACAAUCGAAUUUCAUCGCCGGGUCCAAGAAAGACACAACAGCCAACGAAGAGGGCUACACCUCUGAUGGGCCAGACCCAGCUUUCCUCGCCGCUCUUCCGCCAGAGAUGCAAGAAGAGAUCCUAGCCGAACACAGACGUCUCCGUCUCGCCAAAAGAGGGAAUCUCUCAACCUCUCUUCAUAUAAAACGUGGGGCUACCAAACCCGCAGAGACAGUAGCUCAGGUCCAGCGUAGAGUCAGGCUCCCAAAACGACCUCCAAGACCUACGUUUACGACGAAGCAGUUGAGUACCCUUCCCGAGCUGCGGGAUACAUUGAAGGAGUGGUAUGAGGAGUUUGAGAGCGAGGGACCGCAUGAGGAGGAUGUGGCGGCGAUGGAGAGGUAUCUUGUUAGGGUUGUGGGGGAGGAGAGGGAUCUGAGUAAGGUUGUUGGGGUGGUGAAGUGGAUGGGGUGGUUAGUUGGGGAGAGUAAAGAGGGCAAAGGGAGAGAUUCGUGGGCGGAGGCUGUGGAGGGGAUUAAAGAGAGGGUGCAGGGGGCGGUUAGGGAGAGGGGGUUGGGUGCUUUGGAGUUGGAAUAG